UUUAACUUUUAAAAUAAGUAUUUUUGAGUUUUGGAUAGUGUAAACAAAUAAUUGUACGGAUUUUCUAAAGAAAUUGUAAUUCUAUUCGAUUAUUGCAUAUACAUAUGUGUAUAAAGUGUGUAAAAAGAUACUUUCUCUUGCAAUGUCAGACUAAAAGAAGCAGAAAAGUUUUAUUUGUAAGAAUCGUAAAAGUUUUAAUAGAGUCAAUUAAACAGAGAAUAAUAAAAAUACAUAAAAAGAUUGAAAAAAUUUGGUUUUGUAAACUAUUCGGGUUUAAUAUAUUUAGUGCUCUGAAUCUUAGAACACUUAAAGAGAGAAGAGAACACUCAAAGUGAAAGAGAGUUUAAUAUUACUGUUUAAAAACUGUUAUACAACAAAAAAAUGAAGUUACUUAAAUGUUUGAUACUUGCAUCCUUAACCGUUUUGUCGACAUCUGAACUUUCUGCGUCAAGGAAACCACUAGUUUUUCAUAGUUGGCCACCGAAGUCGAAGCAAAUCGAUUUCACUCAUAAAUCUCAUGGAAAACUGUCUGGAAUAGCUUUAUCAGCCCCAGCCACAAAACAAAAAACGUUACUAUUUCAAAUCAGAAGUGAUAAAAGAGUACCGGUUAUGAUAAAACGGGGCCCUUAUCAUCAAACAACACUUGCUUCGGUACCGAUGUCAGUUCAUCGACCUUUAGUACGACCAAUAAAGAUGGCAUAUAUGCAGCCGCACCACCAUUUUUUGACAAAAAGUUCUAAUCCAGUUUUUGCAAAACUUGUACGAAAGGCACCAGUUAGUACUUUGAAAAUUAAAUUAACAAGUACAAAUCCAAAACCCUUACAUGUUGCAGUUUCAGAAAAACCAUACAUAUACGAAAAGCCUUCUUUAAACUCCGUUUCAGACACGCAAAAAUUACCGUUGAAAAGCCAGAUAAAUUUUGGGCAUAAUAAUUUCGUACCAAUACACACCAUACCAGCACCUAAUUUGAAUCUAAACGAAAAUUUUGUUCAGCAUGAUAAUAAUAAUAUAUUCCAUGAUAUUCAACCAUUAUAUACUUUACCUCCAGUUUCUAACACUCCAAAAUUUGCCAAUCAAUAUCAAGUUACAGAAAUGGAACAAAGCAAUGAUCAUACUAUAGUUGACCCGCUCUCAGGAAAACAAAAAUAUUUUGCACCAGACCCAGAUCCAUCACUACCAACAAAAAAAAUUCGGCCUGCUACGGAACCAUUUAAUACGCCAAGCAAUGGACAGCCGUUGCCACUAGAUGUUCAAAAUAGUUACUUGCAGCCACAAAAACAUUCAAUAGUUCAAUUCACUAAUACUCCUUCAGUGGAAACCAUACCUGCAGAGUCUUACGCAAUUACAUUAGCCAAUCAUCCACACUUUCAACAAUUUAUCCAACUUCAGCAAGCAGCUCCGAUGGCUGUUUACGAUCCUACAUAUCUAGUUACUCAGUCAAGAAAUUUGUACCAACAAUAUCAAAAACAAAAACAUCAAUACUUAUUUGAGCCAAGUCCAGUUUCUUAUGCAAAUACUGACCUAACUCAAGAAGUAGCUAGCGAUGGCCAAAUUAUACAGUCAGCUAAGGAUUUUUCUAAUUUAAUACACCCGACAUUUGAUCCAGUUGCCGUUCUCGACGUAUCAACUCAGAACUCUCCAACUUUUGCAGCUUUAAUACAACAAAAUCCUCUGCAUCAAUCAGUAGCCAACGGUGGCUUUAUCGUUUCAAAUUAUUUUAAUGACGAUCAAGAAUAUAAUAGUCCUGCUUCGUAUGAAGAAUACGUAGAACUAUCCAACAGGCAAAGAGAAAAUGAUAAAAUUUUGGCACAAGCUAAUAUAGAAAGACAACAACAAUUACAACAACAAUUAUUGGACCAAGAUGCACCGGCAACGCAACCAGCAGUUUCUGCUUACGAUGAGCAUCAGAGACUCUUGCAAGAACAUUUGGGAUCUACUCCACUUAGAAUUUUUGUCCCAGAUGACGAUUUAGCUGGACAUGACCAAAAAAUCUUUCUCCAAAAAAGAUCUGAUGAAAAAAAAAAAUUAAAACAAAGCAAGAAACAAGAGAAGUCUGUGAAACAGGAACAAGAAGGUGGAAAUAAAACUAGUACUGAGAUUUCGUAGUAGCAAAAUUAAUCGUGUUAAGGGUUAAUGAUUUUUAAAUUAAUAAAUAAUUUAUUUUGAA